UAGAGUCUACACUCUUAACUACUACAUUGUAUUGGCACUGCAACAAGAUGAGUCGUGGGUAUUCUGAAAACAACAAUUUCGUGAAUAAUAAUAAUCAAAUGGUUUUGGACAUGAUCCUUUAUCCAUUACUUGGCAUCCCUCAAACCAUCAACUGGGAAACAGUAGCAAGGCUUGUGCCAGGAUUAACACCCAAAGAGUGUGCAAAAAGGUUUGAUGAACUGAAGAGCAGUGGAAACUCACCCGUUGACAACCAGUAUAAUGCCCUAAUGGCUGCUGGAGAGAGUCCUGUUGAAUCUUUAGCCACGUAUAUCAAAUCAUCACUUCUUGACACACAGGGAGAAUUUCAGGAGACUCCAGUUGGUCAGGAUGCAGUUUCUAAAACAGGAAGACAUAGUAUAGCUUCCACAAGGAAUUGUUCUUCAGAAAGUGAAAAUUGUACUACUCGUAAUGGUGGAGAAAAGACUGAAGAAUCUGAAGGGCCAAACAUGGUGAUCCAUGUAUGUGAUGAAGCAAAAAACUUGAAAGAAGAUUUUAUUUGCCCACGAGAUCUUUUGAUAUCAGAAAUGAAGUACUUUGCUGAAUAUUUAUCUAUGGAUGCCCAGCGCUGGGAAGAGGUGGACAUUUCAGUUCAUUGUGACGUUCACAUUUUCAACUGGUUGAUAAAAUAUGUUAAAAGGAACACUAAGGAGAAUAAAGAUUGUGAGAUACCCACUUUAGAGCCAGGAAAUGUCAUUUCAAUUCUUAUUUCUUCAGAGUUCUUGAAAAUGGAUUCAUUAGUUGAACAAUGUAUUCAGUAUUGCCACAAAAAUAUGAAUGCCAUAGUAGCUACCCCUUGCAACAUGAACUGUAUUAAUGCAAAUCUUCUUACACGUAUAGCUGAUCUGUUCACACACAAUGAAAUUGAUGAUCUAAAGGACAAAAGAGAUAAGUUUAGAAGUAAACUUUUUUGUAAGAAGAUUGAGAGACUGUUUGAUCCUGAGUACUUGAAUCCAGAUUCUCGGAGUAACGCAGCAACAUUGUACAGAUGCUGUUUGUGUAAGAAACUUCUAACAAAAGAAACAGAAAGAAGAAUUCCUUGUAUUCCUGGAAAAAUCAAUGUGGAUCAACAUGGAAAUAUUAUCUAUAUUCACAUAAGAGAUAAGACUUGGGAUGUUCAUGAGUAUUUGAAUAGUCUCUUUGAAGAAUUAAAAUCUUGGAGAGAUGUAUAUUGGCGUUUGUGGGGAACGAUCAACUGGCUGACUUGUUCAAGGUGCUGUCAGGCAUUUCCCUGUAUUGAAUUUUCACAUUGUCAGUUCCACCCAGAAACAGUCGUUUAUCCCACUGCUCCAGGUCCAUCGAGUGCUGUUGGCACGGGGGUUUACCCCUGCUGUAGCCAGAAGGUUCUUCGGUUUGACCCCACUCAGCUUACAAAGGGCUGUAAAGUGAGAGACCACGUGGUUGCACUUUGUGAUCAAGGUGAAGGUGGAGAGUUGCCGUCCUGUACCACUACUACAAUACUGGAUGAUCUGCACAAGCACAAAGAUGUUAUUGCUGUGCCCUUUUCAAAAGAUACAUUUUUGUCCCUGAAAAACUGGACUCUCCAGCUGAAACAACAGUCAUUAUUUUCAGAAGAAGAAGAAUAUACCACUGGAUCUGAGGUCACUGAAGAUGAAGUUGGAGAUGAAGAAGAAGUAUCCAAGAAACAAAGGAAAAAGGAGAAGCCAAAGAAAUUCACUAAACAACCAAAAAAGCAGAUGUCUUCACCCUGUGCUCAGAAGAAAGAAAAGGCAUCAGAGAAGUCAGCUUCUAGAGAUGUGUCUCCUUUCGUUGUGAGUAUGCAGAAGAAUAAGUGGGAUGCCACAAGAUCCUUGAGAUUCAACCAGGAUGCACAAAGAGAAGAUGAUCAGCGGCGGAUGUCUGAAAUUACAGGGCACCUAAUAAAAAUGAGACUGGGUGAUCUGGACCGAGUCAAAUCAAAGGAAGCAAAAGAAUUUGCAGGAGGUAUUUAUUCCCGGCUUGAAGCACAAAUCAAGGCCUCUGUGCCAGUCAGUGUGCGGCAAAGCAGCUCAGAGAAAAACACAAGGUCUAAAAGUCGGUUUGGUCAAGGGCGUCCUGCAUAAAGCAUCUUAAUAUAAAACUAAAACACAGAAGGCACACUCCUGGACAUCUGAAAUUGCUCUCUACUUGAAGAUCUUCAGCGCGAUGACUUUUAAAGUUUUAACUUUUUAAGUUAUUGGUUACUCUUGUAAGCCACAUAACUCAUAAUGCUAAGAGAAAUAUAUAGUUAGAUUUUAUGAAAAUCUAAUUGUAAAUAUGAAACUUAAAUCUAAUUUUCUUUUAGUAUGAUUCUCAGAUAUAUAAAAAACAUUUAU